AUGUCUACUACCACUACCAUCACAGAGGACCGCAUUGAGCUGACGUGCUUGCCGGAGACCUCUCAUCACCCGUCAAACAAGUCGUCGUCUUCCAUCCCACUCCCAACAUCUAUCAGGCAUAUCCAAGAUGAAGGGCCGGAUAAUUCAGCCUACUCUGUUACGGCGGUACCGGAUGGAGGAUAUGGGUGGAUUGUCGUCGCUGGUGGCUUCACGACAAGCUUUUGCAACAACGCGAUCAUCAAUUGCUGGGGUGUGCUGCAGGCUGCCUUACUGAAUUCAACACUGAAACAUGUUGCGCCAGCUACACUUUCUUACGUCGGCUCUCUGGGACUCGCUAGUGGUGCAUUAUAUGGACUGGGUGCCGUCAGUCUAAUGAGGCUGAUAGGCUGCCGGGCAACGAUUGUACUAGGGAAUUUUCUUAUGGGCUUGAGUCUCAUUGGGGCAAGCUUUUGUACGACAAAUUUGCCGGGUCUUUUUGGCACAUACAGUAUCGUUGGUGGCAUUGGAAUGUCACUGAACUGGACUGUCAACAACACAGUUCCUGUACAGUAUUUCAGCGCUCGUCUUGGUCUGGCAAAUGGUCUCAUCAAGCUUGGCGGUGGGGUGGGUGGUUGUGUCAUGGCCGUUGCUUUGGAGGCUUUGAAUCGAAGAGUCGGCAUCGAGUGGACCUUCCGGAUCCAAGGACUCCUGACCUGGGCCAUCGGUCUUCCUGCCGCCUGGGUGGUGAAGGACCGUGUUCCGCUUAGGAAGGCACCGUUCGUCGAUCUCUCCAUGUUCAGAUCUGCCACCUUUAUUGCAACUUUUGUUGCAAGCGCGAUUGGCGUCUUCGCACUCUUCGUACCACCAUACUAUCUACCGUUGUUUGCACAAUCUAUUGGCCUUAGUCCAAGUACCGGUGCUGGUCUGGUCGCAGCAUUCAAUGCCUGCAAUGCUUUAGGUCGGUUUAUUGCUGGUCCCUUGUGCGACAAAAUUGGGCCACUCAAUAUGUUCGUCAUCGCAAUGGCUCUCAACGCGGCGAGUAUGCUCGCAAUCUGGCCAGUCUCGAGUACGCUGGGCCCGCUCGUACUCUUCGCCAUCAUAAACGGUGUCGCAAAUGGCGCGUACUUCACUACUCAGCCGACUGUAGUUGCUGGUAUAUUCGGUCCUGGACGAGCUGCAGUGGCUAUGAGCAUGUCGGUCACAGGCUGGAGCGUUGGUUAUCUUAUGGGCGCGCCGAUUGCCGGUUACCUACUACAAGCUGCAGGUGGUAGGUGGGGAAGCGGAUCAGGGGUGGGCAUUGCUGCUUACCGACCCGCCAUUUUCUACGCUGGUGGAACUGCGACCAUUUCCGCGUUGUGUGUUCUAGUCGCUAGACUCAUCGUCACUAGGAAACUGCGCAAGAGAGUCUGA